CACAUAUUUCGUUAAAUCAUUGAUUGUGUGACUUGUAAUUACUGUUUUUUGUGUUAAUUGUGCAUUAUUUGGUUGUUUUGUUGGUAAAAAUGUCAAUUGGCACCCCUGUCAAGGUGGUGUUUUCGUUUUUGCCAGGUUGCCGCUCUGCGGGAGUGGCAUUCCUUGCGUCAACGGUGCAGUGUCGCGAUCGUGUCGAUGUUUUGCUAGCCCCCUUGUAGUGUUCAUGAUGUGCGUGUUUGGUGCUUAGCGAAAAUGUUUCGUUGUAUACCGAUUUUCAAGGGUUGCAACCGGCAAGUGGAGUUUGUUGAUAAGAGACACUGCUCCUUGCCCAAUGUCCCCGAAGACAUCCUCCGAUACUCCCGCAGUCUCGAGGAGCUCCUCCUCGACGCCAACCACAUCCGCGAUCUUCCCAAGAACUUCUUCCGGUUGCACCGAUUGAGGAAACUGGGGCUCAGCGACAAUGAGAUCCAUCGCCUCCCGUCGGACAUCCAGAAUUUCGAGAAUUUGGUCGAGUUGGAUGUGUCGCGAAAUGAUAUUCCCGAUAUACCGGAGAGUAUUGGGGCGCUCCGGUCGCUGCAAGUGGCCGAUUUUAGCUCAAAUCCCAUACCGAGACUGCCUCCGGCGUUCAGUCAACUCAAGUCUUUGACGGUUUUGGGGCUAAAUGACAUGUCUUUGUCGUCGUUGCCCCCUGAUUUUGGUAUGCUCACCGCAUUGACCUCUUUAGAAUUAAGAGAAAAUUUGCUCAAAGAGCUACCACCGAGUCUGGCACAACUUACAAGAUUGGAACGGUUAGAUUUAGGGGAUAAUGAAAUUGAAGAGUUGCCGCCUCAUAUCGGUCAAUUACCGGCGUUACAAGAACUCUGGCUCGACCACAACCAAUUACAAAGCCUUCCUCCCGAAAUCGGGAAUUUAUCGAAUUUGACAUGUCUCGAUUUAUCCGAAAACCGUCUCGAGAGUAUUCCCGACGAAAUCGCCGGUUUACAAAGUUUGACAGAUCUACAUUUAAGUCAAAAUGUCCUCGAAACACUCCCUGACGGCAUCGGAAAACUCGAAAAACUAACAAUUUUAAAAGUGGACCAAAACCGUUUAAUUUCCCUAAAUUCCCAUAUAGGUUUUUGUUAUAAUUUACAAGAAUUAAUCCUAACCGAAAAUUUUUUAACCGAAUUACCGAAAGAAGUCGGUAAAUUAAUCAAAUUGACGAAUUUAAACGUUGACAGAAAUAGUUUAACUACAAUCCCUGAUGAAUUAGGGAAUUUGCACGAAUUGGGAGUUUUAAGUUUGCGCGAUAAUCGAUUAACUUUAAUCCCUGAUACUUUAGGGAAUUGUAAGAGAUUACAUGUUUUGGAUGUGUCAGGGAAUAGAUUGCCUCAUCUUCCAUACAGUUUAUUACAAUUGGAUUUGAAAGCGGUUUGGUUGAGCGAAAAUCAAGCACAACCAUUGCUCACCUUUCAAACUGACACGGAUGAGACGGGCAAAGCCGUCUUGACGUGUUUUUUGCUACCCCAACAGGAGUACCAACCGACGAUAGCCUCUGACGGUCGUUUGUUCCGCUGUGACGUGACAUCGUCAUUAUCUAACGGUGCUAUAGCUACCACAGAUGAUGCUGCCAGCGAUGAAGAUUGGGAAGAAAAGGAAGCAAGUCGUACCCAUUCGGUGAAAUUCUCCGAUCCACAAGAUCAAGAUAACAAAGAGACUCCUUUCGUGCGUCAGAAUACACCACAUCCACGCGAACUCAAAGCCAAAGCACAUAAAUUGUUCAGUAAGGGACAAAAUUCGUUGGAAGAUAGCGAUCUGCAUGCGGAUCAAGUCGUCGAAGCGGUUAAUACGACGAUACACAGGCCACAAACACCGCCACCACCGCCGCCACCGCAAAUUGUGAGAGAGGAGGUCAUCGGGAACGGCGAGGAGCACAGCGAGGGCGAGGAGGAGACGGUGGAUGAAUUGGUUCCAAGACGUGUGGGAUUCACCGGUACCAUACCUACCGGUGAUGAUAUUGACCCAACAUCACGUCCUAGUCGAUUGCAUCGUCGCGAUACGCCCCACCAUCUUAAGAACAAACGAAUCACAGCGACGAUCGACAAAGAUAAAGUUGCUUCCAUCAUUGCACAGGCAUUGAAACGUCACGAAGAUGACAACAUCAGCGACAGAAUGAGCGUUUCCACACCACCAGAGUCGGAAAGGAGCGCAACGAGCAGUCAAGCCGGCGAAACGGACUCAGUGGUAGAACUCCGCGAGGAAAAGUACGAAAUCCAUAUUGAACGUUCCAACACCGGUCUCGGCCUCUCCAUAGCUGGAGGUCGGGGCUCCACCCCUUUCAAAGGCGACGACGAAGGCAUUUUUAUCUCACGAGUGACCGAAAACGGUCCUGCUGACCUCGCCGGUCUCAAAGUCGGCGAUAAAGUCAUUACUGUAAACGGCGUCUCGGUCGUCGAUGUCAGCCAUUACGACGCCGUCGAAGUCCUUAAAGAAUCCGGUCCUGUGCUCAUCCUCCAAGUCACUCGCGAAGUAACAAAAUUCGUAAAACGGCCACUCGAAAACACAACAACAACAACAACAACCACCCCCACCCCUCAACCCCCCGACGACGAUGUUGUUCUAAACAAAGUGUUGGUGCACACAACCCUUAUUAGAGACUCGAGAGGGCUUGGGUUUAGUAUAGCGGGGGGUAAGGGUUCGCAGCCGUUUAAGGCCGAUUCGGAUGCUAUUUACGUGUCGCGAAUAACGGAAGGUGGCGUUGCUCACAAAGAUGGAAAAUUGUGCGUGGGGGAUCGGGUGGUGUCAAUAAAUGGGGUGGAUUUAACGGGGGCCACGCAUGAUCAAGCCGUUGCGAUGUUAACGGGUUUGGAACGAUUCGUACGAUUGACAGUGGAGAGGGAGGUGCCAAUGACGAAAGGGGAGGAGUCACCGCAAAGUGGAGGAGGGGCACAACAGUCGCCGAAAGUGUUUGGAGUACCGAAGCCCUACACGGGACUCUAUUCGGCGAAUAGUUAUAUGGCGAAUCGGCCGGGAUAUACGGGCUAUAGAAGGUCAUUGGAGGCCGAUAAAAAGACUGUUGUACCAAACGAAUCGCCAAAAACGAACGGCAUCGUUCACGAAGUGCCAAAACCGGCGCCGCGACGCAUCUCCACCACUGUUCCCAAUAGUAACCGUCAAUCGUCGUCGUCGCCGCCUCCACCGCCCUCAAAUCACAAGCAAGCGGCGACGCCGCCACCGUCGCUCGUCGACGGCGACGACGCACAGGUACUGCCGAAGCCAAUCACCAACGAAGAAUUCCAAGCCAUGAUUCCCGCCCAUUUCCUCAAAUCAAAUAAAUCACAAACAACCACAACCAAUAAUAAUAAUAAUAAUCAUAAUCCUGAUACCGUAAAUGCCGUUACCGUUACGAUUAAGAAGCCAGAUCCGAUCGAGUUGCCGCCCGCGCCCACUGGGCCCGGACGUGUCACUGAGACCAUCACCAAGAGUACCUUUACGGAAACAGUGGUCACUCGCAUCACCGAUAAUCAGCUGAUCGUGCCCGUUAUUAUCGAGGACGUGACCUUGAGCAAAGCCCAUGGCUCACUAGGAUUCAGUAUUAUCGGCGGUACUGACCAUUCCAGUAUUCCAUUUGGUGUCAAAGAACCGGGAAUUUUCAUCUCGCACUUGGUACCUGGCGGUACGGCAGCCAAUUGUGGCAAACUUCGUGUCGGUGAUCGUAUUUUGAAGGUCAACGGAAUUGACAUCACACACGCCACACAUCAAGAGGCAGUAAUGACGUUAUUACAGCCCGUGGAGAAAAUCACGCUGACGGUACGCCACGAUCCGUUACCGGACGGAUACCAGGAAUUGGUGAUCGAAAAGGGCGAAAAUGAGAAAUUGGGUAUGCACAUAAAGGGUGGUCUCCAGGGCCUCCGUGGCAACCCUUUGGACAUGUCCGACGAGGGUGUUUUCGUAUCGAAGAUAAAUUCCGCUGGAGCGGCGCGUCGCGACGGCCGAUUACGCACCGGAAUGCGCCUCAUCGAAGUCAACGGAAAGUCACUUUUAGGUGCCACCCAUCAAGAGGCCGUUAAUACAUUACGUGCGUGCGGAAAUAUCAUAAAACUCGUCGUAUGUAAAGGUUAUGAUAAGUCCGAGGUGGACAAGGCGAUAGCCGAGGGUAAACUCACACGUGGCGGUUCGGUGAGCAGUCGGUCGCAAAGCGUCAGUUCAUUGGAUGUGCCCGACGAGGAUGUCCAACACGAACAGAAUAUCAAAUCGGAACUUGUUCAAUUCGAAAAAGAAGAUGCUGAAAAACGGUUAAAAUUGAAUGAAAAUUCCGACGAUGAGUUGCAUUUAGUCGAGGCGAAAGGUGUGAUAACGCCAGCUGAUAAGGUUUUGGAUGUGGUGAGAGCGGUGGAGACGUUGGCACAUUCACCAGCUGAGAAUUCAGUUGCGCCGAAAUCACCUGGUGGACCGAAUUCGGAAUUGAAGACGACGACGAUUGUUAUGAGUAAACAUACACUUGCACCGCAGGCGACGACGGACAAAUCGAAAACCGGCAAAUCGUACCCUAAACCCGCCCCGACUCCUCCCACCACGCCCACAUCCCAUCAUUCCAGUAUCGAGAAUCUCGUAAUCCCGCCCCCUGAUGGCUACUCCGAGGACGAGACUCCGCCCGAAUUGCCCAAAACGCCGAAACCGUCGCUCGAAUUGAUGAAAAGUAGCCAAUCGCUUGAUUUGGUGUUCGAGGGCGGGGCUAAGCCGGAACCGCCUCCGCGACCACAAUCACUGAUUAUUGGCAAUAAGCAUGUGCGGUUUUCGACCAAUCAGCCGCCACAAUCACCAAAAAAAUCGACGGUUAGUGAUAAGAAAAAAUUCUUUGAGACUGCAAUGGAGGAAAGUCAAAAGCCUCCACCAAAACAAGAAAAAUUUUUCAGUUAUUUAAGCACCGACGAACUGGAAAAACUCAAAGCCGAAGAAGAACGAAAAAUCGCGAGUCUUUCCCCCGAAAUCAACCUUCUCGAUCAUUCCGAUGCUGAAUCGUUCGAUUCGCAACACACAAGUGUGUCACAUCAGAGCAAUGUCAGUGUUGUGCGUACAGCCAAGGCCGAACGUCGUCUCAAGGACAAAUUGCGUGAAGAAGGUCUUUUGACAGAUGAAGAUGAGUCACAUCUGUCACCGGCCGAAGAAAGGGCCUUAAGGGCGGAAAAAAGGGCCGCUUGGAGGGCCGCACGUCUCAAAUCGCUCGAACAGGACGCGAUUCAGGCCCAAAUGGUCAUCAAAUCAAUGACGGAUAUGGUGGGGGCCGGGGAAGUACCGCCGUCGGAGAAAGAGGAGGGCUCAGGUACUAACAGCAUUGCAUGUGUUCAGCUGAGGCCCUCUAGUGCCGAUUUUCCCAAGUUGGCUGUGCGUAGUAAGCCCGGCAAUACAACAACAGUGAGAGAAAGCGAGAAGGUGCUAGAUGAGAAAGUGACACAACGUACCGAAGAAUAUAUCGAUGACGUCACAGGAGAGAAACGAGUUAGGACAAUCGAAUAUGUCGAGAAGCUGAUAGAGAGAGAGGUAGAGACUCUACAAGAGAAAAUAAUUUCGUUAGAAUUAACCAAACCGGAAGACCUUAAUGGGGGUAAUGACCCUGAGACGGCGUCAGAACCGCCAACUCCGACCACUGGUGAUGAAAAACCCUUCGAUGAGGAAGUCACAAGUGCGAAAAAACGUCGGAAAAAACGUGCAAAAAAAGGCAAACAUUGAACUCUAGUUUAAAAACAUCACGUUUCUACAGGGUGGAUGGGUUUUAUUUUUAAGAGUAUAUAAAUUAUUGUUAUGUACAAAGUAUUUAAUGUAUCGUAGGCUCCAAGGCUGGUUUUUUAACACUUUUCACUUGUGUGGUGGUGCGAUUUUAUACGAAGAGCCCCUAAUUCGCUUUGGAUUUGAAAUUUUAAUAAAUAAUAAUAUAAGUAAA